AAAAAAAUCAUUUUUGGAGACACGGACUAGUGUAAACCAACACUUAAGCGCAAUGUAUGCGUGUGUUAUUAUCUUUAUACUUGUGCGAGUUGUCUCUGCUCAGUUGUGUUCCGAGUGCCAGUGUUGUGCUAACGGCCGACUUACAAAUUGUGAAAACGGCUACUGUAAUAACGGAUGUAAAGACGGGUAUUAUGGAGACAACUGUAUAUACAAAUGUAGAGAUCAGAAUUGUCUUAUAUGUGAUCGGGUCAAUGGCAAUUAUUGCUCAAAAUGUAUUACCGGAUAUUACUUUAAUAAUGAGUAUUGCAUUGAAUGUGGAACUCAUUGUUCUUCCUGUGAAGCAACCGGGUGUCAGUCCUGCCAGAACGGAUACUAUGGCAAUAAUUGUCAAUGGAGCUGCGCUGCACAUUGCACAACCUGUAAAAACUGGAAUGAUUAUUGCCAAUCCUGUGAACCCGAAUAUUAUUUGCAAAAUAAUUAUUGCCGUGAAUGUGGAACUCAAUGUUCUUCAUGUGACAUAAACGGGUGUCAGUCGUGCAAUAAUGGAUAUUUUGGAAAUACCUGUCAAUGGAGAUGCGCUGCACAUUGUACAUCUUGUCAAAAAUCGGAUGGUUAUUGCAAUUCCUGUGAGUCCGGAUACUAUUUGAAGAAUAACCAUUGUUAUAAUUGUGGAACUCAUUGUUCUCUAUGUGAAACAAACGGGUGUCAGUCUUGCAUGGAUGGAUACUUUGGAAAUACUUGUGAAAGGAGAUGCGCUGCACAUUGUGUGUCUUGUAGAAGAUCGGAUGGUUAUUGCAAUUCCUGUAAGUCCGGUUACUAUUUGGAAAAUAAUUAUUGUUUUAAUUGUGAAAGUCAUUGUGCGUCCUGCGAGUCAACCGUUUGUAAAGCUUGUUUUGACGGAUACUGGGGAAGUACAUGUGAAUAUCGCUGUGGCCAUCACUGCUCAUCAUGUAACCAAAGAAACGGGGUGUGUAUAUCUUGUGAGGAUGGGUACUGGGGAAGUCCAUGUACGACUUGUGGAUCUCAGUGUAGAGUAUGCAAUCAGUCAAGCGGAUGUUUGGAGUGUAAUUCUGGAUACAAAUGUGGCAAAUACAAGUGCCAUGAUUGCAAAGAAUGUCGAAAAGGUUAUUUCAAGCAUGACAGCUAUUGUCAUGAAUGUAAAUACAAACUAGACGGAUGCACAUGCACUAGCUAUGGAGAAUGCAGCGGAUGUAUAGAAGGAUAUUUCCUUAACCCCGUGUUUUGUGCCGAAUGUCUUGAUCCAUGUACCUCCUGUAUAAACCAUUCUAUGUGUACCUCCUGUAUUCCUGGGCGAUUUGGACAGACCUGUCAGCAUGGGUGUUCUCAGUAUUGCAAAAACGGGAUUUGUGAGGAAGAAAAUGCUAGAUGUCGGUGUUACCCGAACUACAAAGGGGAAAUGUGUGACCAGUGUGAAGAUGGACGAUAUGGAGACAAUUGCGAUGAGCUUUGUUCACCUUGGUGUGAAUUUGGUACGUGUAUAAAAGACACUGGCUUCUGCCCCUGCAAACCUGGAAGAUAUGGCAAUAAAUGCCAAUCAACUUGUCCAACAGGAUGUUUAAAUGAUAUCUGCAACCGAUCAGAUGGGUCUUGUCACAGUUGCAAGAAAGGAUAUGUUGGAGACCGCCGCAACAUAACCUGUCCAUCAUUAUGCAAUUUUUGUGACCAGUUUGGUGUUUGUACAGAGUGCAAACCAGGUUAUACAAAUGAACAAAACCAGUGUACAUGUAAAAGAGAUAUAUGUGUGAAUCAGUUAGAUUGCAAAUCGUGUACAAAUACAUCUUUCUUUGCAAAUGGUGGUGACUGUUGCUUAUGCAGUCUUGAUAAUUGUGUUUCCUGUUCGAUGGCUUUAGACACCGUUAUAUGCAAGAUUUGCAAAGACGGAUAUUAUCCAAGCAUUAAUGGAGAGUGUGAGCUUUGCAAAUCACAAUGCGUCAAUAAUGAAUGCGAUACGUCUUCGGGAGAUGUUAUCAAGGAUGCACAAAUGGAUACUGGAAUAAAACCUGUGACAAAUCGUGUGAUCCAGAAUGUGUAUCUUGCAGUCAAUCAGAUGGAGCGUGUACACAUUGCAAGAAUAAUACCAAAUAUGGACCUACCUGUAGCAUGGAAUGCAGCACUAACUGUAAAAAUUCAAUGUGUGUCAUUAAUGGAGAUUGCACAAAUGGAUGCAUUAUAAACAAGUUUGGAAAACAAUGUGAACAAACAUGUGAGAAUUAUUGUACGCAAAAGAAAAACAGAACAGUUUGUUCUGAAAAGACAGGAAUAUGCUUGUAUGGCUGCGAAAAGGGUGACAAGGGAUCAUUUUGUCCUUCGGCACAAGCAAAACAACAAAUGUCAACUGCAUCACUUGGUGGGGGAGUUGGAGGUGGAGUUGUUGCUCUUGCUGCCAUUGUGGUCGUUGGAUUGAUUUUGCUUCGAAGCAGAAGAGGCAAUUUGAGCAACAAAAGUGAGCGACCUGAAAAAGAGCAUGAUAACUCUUCCGCGUUAUACGCAACGGUGAACAAAGGAAGUGCACAAUAUGCCAAUGAAGAUACCGUAAAUCUCCACUCUGUCACCAAUAUUGAAAACACCAAUUAUCAGAGUCCAUCACCGAAGAGUUCUGACAAGGAAAAUACGCGUAUUUUUUCUGAUGACAAUCUUGAAAUCGAAGAUGAUGUUUCUGCACGGGAAAUCAUAAACAUGUUUGAGAAUAAAGAUGGUGUUUAUUACAACAAUACAAGAACAAUCAGCAAAUUCAAACUGACUGUUGUCGAACUACCUGAUUAUGUACAAAACAUAUGUAUAAAGGAUCUUGAAGAAGAAUUUCAGAAAGUACCGUACGGUCUCGUGAAACCGUAUGAAGUUUCGCAAACGAAGCUAAACAUGCACAGAAACAGAUACAAAGGAAUAUAUCCGUAUGAUGAUACGCGUGUUUUAGUACGCGGAGGAGACACAGACUAUAUCAAUGCAAGCUAUAUAGACGGUUUCAGGAAACGAAAUGCAUACAUAGCUACUUUGGGUCCAAUGGCUAAACAGCUGGGCGAUUACGGUCAAUUCUGGCGAAUGGUCUGGCAACAAAAAGUGGAGAAGAUUGUCAUGUUGACCAACUUGGUUGAGAGUUUGAAAACCAAAUGUGAGCAAUAUUGGCCUGAUCAUGGUCAGAGAAAACUAUAUGGCGAUAUAGAAGUUGUGUGCAAGGUUAACAAAAUGUACGCAGAUUUCAUUUGGAGACAGCUAACGAUUUCCAAGGGUAAAAAGAAUUCAGAAGAAAGAAAUCUGCAUCACCUUCAGUUCACAGCGUGGCCAGACAAGGACAUUCCUGAUAACGUCACAUCAAUUAUACAGUUUAGACAGAAAGUGAACGCAUUGCCGAGUACCUUUGUUGGACCAGUGAUAGUGCAUUGCAGUGCGGGUGUAGGAAGAACGGGCACCUACAUAGCUCUGGACAUACUAACUAACGAGGGUGAGGCAGAAGGAGCUAUAGAUAUCCCUGGAUGUGUUCUCAAUAUGAGACAGAACAGACCAAGCAUGAUUCAGACUUUGAGUCAAUACAAGUAUCUACACGAAGCUUUGGUCCAUUCAUUGACACUUGAUUGCUCGUUGAUAAAAAGAGAACACUUCCAUGAAUAUAUGAGUAUGAUGUCCAGCAAACAGGUGAUACAGAAGCAGUUUGAGAAAAUGCAAUUGAACCAGGAGCAAAAGUCGGAUCAGGAACUACAGGCUAUGGAAAGGAAUCGGCUUCUGGCAAAACAAAACAGGAAACACGCAGAUAUACCAGGUGAUAGAAACAGACCACGUCUUCAUCUGUUUUUGAAAACAGGCGAAUCUGAUUACAUCAAUGCGAUCUACAUCAACAGUUACAAAACAAAAAACCGUUUCUUGGUCGCACAGACACCACUGCCUGACACAGUUUCCGAUUUCAUUACACUUGCUGUUCAAGAAAAGUGUUCAUGUAUUGUUAGUAUGGAGACACAGGGGAUUGGCUUAUACGUUCCUGAUGACAAUAUAUCGAUGAAGAAAGGUCUGGUUUCCAUACUUUCCACCAGAGAUCAAAGUACCAAACAUUUUGUUAAAAGAACGUUGCAUUUCGAACACGACAUAAAAACCAAGUCGGAGUUCAGAAUAUCACACUAUGAAUAUCCGGACUGGGAUAGAAGUCACAAUACUCCGAGGUCGGCAGAACACUUUGUUGCCUUCAUCAAAGAGGUUGAAUACGCAUCCGAAUCAUCUCACAUGAACGGACCGAUACUUGUGCAUUGUAUGAACGGUGCUGGAAAGAGCGGCCUUUUAUGUGUUGUCUUGACAUUACUUGAAACACUGAGUGAAGAUAAUGAAGUCAGUGUGGUUAAUGCGGUGAGGAAAGUCAGGGCUAGACGACCGCUUUCCAUUCCAAAUAAGGAACAGUUUUACUUUUGCUACGAGUGUGUUCUUCAAUCCUUGAAUGCAACAGAUAACGAUGUGUAUUACAACACAAGUGGGGAUGUCCAUAGGGAAUGAACACAGCUGAACAAUUUGAAACAAUGACACUUGGUGUGUUGCCCUUGACACGAGCAUCAUAGAUAAAUAUGACAAGAUCAGCUACACUAUUCAUAAUUUGCAGACAUGGGGACACUUGCAAACGUAACAUGAUUGCAGUUAUGCAUAACCGUUAUCACAUACUUUAGCAAACGCUAGCAUUUUAUCUGUCAGUCAAAACAGUGUGUUGUAAAAAAACACUCUUAUUUUUGCAUAAUUAAUACUAUGAGUUGUACCAUUCUGCAAAGUGUUUUAUUUAAUCAGAACUAUAUCCCAUAGAGAAGGCUUAAUAUGCAAACUUACCGUGCAAUAGGUAACAUUUGAUAAGAUACACCGAUAUCUCAAUAUUUGCACAGCUCUACCUGUACAGAAAGCUUGCCGAUAUAAUACAGAAAAAUACUACAACGAACCCUCGUGAUUGAAACGUUCAUAACUGGCGCUUCGCACGCGUUGUGAAUAAUUUUGGUCGUGAAGCUGAUGUAGUGGAUGCAGUACAUAUUGCUUUAAUGUUUAAUGAAUGCAUUGUACAUUAAACGUAUCAUGUUAUUUAAUAUAUAUGCAAAUGUGUUUACGUCAUUGCAAUUAAACUGCUUUAUUUCAUUUUUAUAAUAAUACCUGUAUUUAAACUUCUAAUGUUUUUGCAUUGAUAAAUGUUCCAAAGUAAAGAUGAUAUACACGUUAUAGUACAGUUUUAUGGACUAUUUUCAUCUGAGUUUUUCGGAUGGGCAUUAUUAUUGCUUCACAGUAUAUGUUAUGUUUUAUUUUGGUUAUAUUUUAAUUUAAAACAGGUUUCUGAUAUUCUAUGUUUCUAUCAAUUUGCAUUAGCCUUGAACAUGCAUUUCUAUUAAUACUAUACAGUUUAUUCAUAAAUAUCUGCAUUAUUAUUGAU